AUGGACAACUAUCGUCAGCAAUUUGAAAACGAGCUCCGAGCCAAGCUCCAACAAAAAUCAACCUCUCACGUCUCUGAAGAAACAGUCCUCCUCAGAGCCUUCAAAUAUUUUGACCUUGAUAACAGUGAAACAGUAUCAUUAGACGAAUGGACAAAAGCCAUUGAGAAAAUCGGUCUUGUCGUCCCAAACCAAAGGAUGCUGGAAGACCUUUUUAGAUUCUAUGACACAGACCAUUCUGGAGCUUUAGACUAUAAAGAAUUCGUAGCUGCGAUUUUUAAUAACCAAAGUAUCACUGGAAGACCUGGAACUUCUCAGAAAACGCUGAAUCAGCUUGUACAAGAUGGCCAAGCUGGCAUAGAAAAAAUAAGAGAAAGACUUGCUGCAAGAGGAGGAAGAGGCAUCAUGGGCUUAGCUCGGCAGUUUAAAAUCAUGGACGACGAUGGGUCUGGCUACCUUGAUUUUUAUGAGUUUUCUAAAGCUAUCAGGGAUUUUAGAGUUGAUAUAAGAGAAAACGAGCUUCAGGCUGUUUUUAACUUGAUAGACAGAGAUAGAUCAGGAGAAAUAGACUAUGAUGAGUUUUUAAGAGCAGUCAGAGGGCCAAUGAAUGAUUUUAGGAUUGCUUUAGUUAAUAGAGCUUUUGACAAGCUUGACUCAGACCAUUCAGGGAUCCUAGAUAUCGAAGAUAUUAAAGGCUUUUAUAAUGCAAGAGGCCACCCUGAUGUAAGAAGUGGCAGGAAAACAGAAGACGACGUUUUAGGCGAAUUUUUAGAAACUUUUGAAAUGCAUCAUAAUAUUGGUGGAACCAGGGAUAGAAAAGUGACAAGAGAAGAAUUCUUGGAAUAUUACAAUAAUAUUUCAGCUAGUGUAGAUAAUGAUCAGUACUUUGAAUUGAUGAUGUCAAAUACCUGGAAACUUAAUGAAGCUCCAGCCUAUACCAAAAAUAAAGCUUGGGCUAAUGAAGAUGGUAAUAAAGGGUUUUCAAAGCCAGCUAAGAAUUCUCCUGGACUUUUACCUCCUGCUCCUCCUCUUAAUCAGAGAAGUGUAGAAAUGCUACUUGAAAGAUUCAGAAAUAAACUAGCUACAAGAGGGGCAAGAGGAAUUAUAGGGAUUGCUAGGCAAUUUAAGAUUAUGGACGACGAUAAUUCAGGAACUAUUAGUCUAGGAGAGUUUAGAAAAGGAUGCAGAGAUUUCAGAAUCGAUAUAGAAGACGAAGAUAUAGAAAAAUUAUUCAACGCACUUGACAGGGAUAGAAGUGGGAUUAUUGAUUAUGAUGAACUUAUCAGAGGUAUAAGAGGACCUAUGAACUCAUUUAGAAGAGGAGUUGUAGGACAAGCUUGGAAUAAGCUUGAUAGGGAUAAAAGUGGGGUUAUUGACAUUGAAGACUUAAAAGGGGUUUAUUCAGCGAAAAAUCAUCCUGAUGUAAGAGCUGGCAAAAAAACAGAAAAUGAAGUCCUUGGGGAAUUUUUGGAAACUUUUGAGACUCAUCAUAAUAUUAGUGAUUUGUCAAAGAGGGAUAGGAACAUUACAAGAGAAGAGUUUGAAGAGUAUUAUAAUAAUGUAUCUGCAAGCAUUGAUGAUGACAGAUAUUUUGAAUUGAUGAUGAAUAAUGCAUGGAAGCUUCAACAAGAUUCAGGAAGAGGUGCAUAUGCAGGAUCUUCCAAAGGGUUUUCACCUGACAGCAAACGUGCUUAUUUAUUAGCAAACCACCCAAGUGCUGCGCUAGGCAAAAGUGUAGCCAGCACUGCCCCAUAUGGGACAUCAGAAACCUAUGGAGUACCAAGAAGAGAUGUGGACGUCACUGACUCCCCCCCCCCUUUGAAUUGGAACUAAAAAUUUUGUUCCAAUUUAAAGGGGGGUUAAUUUUUUUUUUUAAAAAAAAAAAUCAAUAUAAAAUUUUUUAUAAAAAAUAUAAAAAUUUAAAAAAAAACAAAAUUUCAAAAACUUAUCGAAUUAGAUUAAUAAAUUUGUUUAAUAAAACGCUAUACUCUUUAUCCUUUAAAACAAAGCAAGAUAUAACUAAAUUUUCAUUAUUAGUUAAUACGCCACUAUUAAUUGGUAUCAAAAUUAUUUACACAAAAAUUUUUAUUUUUAUUGAUAAAAAAAAUUAAAAAAAAAAAAAAAUUUGGAAAAUUUAUCGAUCAAAGUGCUAAUUUUGUUUAAAUAAGAUGCUAUUUAUACUCUAUUCUUUAAAAUAAAGCAAGAAAUAUGUAAAUUUUGAAAUUUUAUAAAGAAUUCCUAUCCUAUUGAAUUUAUAUCAAAACUAUCCAAAUAAAAAAUAUCAUUUUUAUCAAAAAAAACAAAAAUUUUUUUUGAAAAUUUUUAAAAAAAAAAAUAAAUUUUUUUUUUAAAAUUUACCAAUUAAGGAUAAUAAAUUUAUUUAAAUAAGAUGCUCUUUAUACUUUUUUCUUUAAAAAAGAGCAAGAUAUAAAUAGAUUUUUAAUUUUAGUUAAGAAGAAACAUUUAACUUAUAUCAAAACUUUUUAGAUAAAAAUUAUAUAUAAUUUUUUAUUAUAAAAUUAAAUUUUGUUCCAAUUUAAAGGGGGUUUAAUUUACCAAAAAUGUGGAAAUUUUACCGAUAUUUUGUUCCAAUUUAAAGGGGGGGGGAGUGAGUCUCAGCCACGCUCAGCAAACCCUACAAUUGAUGAAAUUUUAGAAAAUUUAAGAUCAAGACUUGCUGCAAGAGGAGCUCGAGGUUUUGUCGGAAUUGCUAGAAAUUUCAAAAUAAUUGAUGAUGAUGGUUCAGGAAAUUUAGAUUAUAAUGAAUUUUUGAAAGCUAUGAGAGAUUUUAGGGUUGACUUUGAAGAAAAAGACUUGAGGAAGCUGUUUAAUCAUUUUGAUGCUGAUAAUAGUGGGACUAUUGACUAUGAAGAAUUUAUUCAUAGAUUGAGAGGGCCUAUGAAUAAUGGAAGAAAGCAGCUGGUAACUCAAGCUUUUAAUAAACUUGAUAGCAAUGGAAAUGGAAUUGUAGAAAUCGAUGACAUUAAAGGUGUUUAUAACGCCAGGAGCCAUCCUGAUGUAAGGGCAGGCAAAAAGACUGAAGAAGAUAUACUUUGCGAAUUUUUAGACACUUUUGAGACUCACCAUGCGACGUUUAAAGAAAAUACAAGAGAUCACAGAGUGACUUUGGAAGAAUUCAUGGAGUAUUAUGCUCACGUUUCUGCAUCUAUUGAUGAUGAUAGAUAUUUCGAGCUUAUGAUGAGAAAUUCAUGGAAUUUCGAUGGAAAAAGCUAUGAGAAAGGUUGGGCAGGAGACAAUACAACUCCAGCUCGUAGGCAAAGAUAA